CAAACUCUCUACACCAUUAGGAAUCCAAAAAAUCAAAACCUAAACCAAAUUCCAGUACAACAUAAGAUGAAAAAAAAUACCAGAAUGAAAAUAAUCAAACGUAGUUAUUCGAUAAGCACGAUAUUUGUUCUCAUUUCACUACAAGUCCUUAUAUCCCAAAUCUCUGCAAAUUCAAUCAAUGAGUGCCCGGAAAAAUGUGGAUCCAUCAAAAUACCAUUUCCUUUCGGCAUUGGAAAUCAAUGUUCAUUAUCACCAUUUUACGAAGUUUCUUGUUCAAACCACACUCCAUAUCUUGUCACAACUGAUCAUCAAAUUUUAGGCAUAACAAAUGGCGAAUUACGUAUAAAUUCAACUUCAUAUAUUGCUAAAGAUUGUAUAAAUCAAAAUAGUACAAUAACCCAUAUUUCAUUACCAGAAAACGGACCACUUUCAGUAUCAGAUUCAUCAAAUGUUUUUAUAGCAAUUGGUUGUGAUACAGUUGCAGUAAUUACAGAUGAUAAAUCAUUCACCAGUGGUUGUGUUUCUCUUUGUUCAACACCAAGAAGUGUUGUUAAUGGUUCUUGUUCUGGAAUCGGUUGUUGCGAAUCCACUGUACCGAAAGGAAAACGGUAUUUAGGAUUAGGUACUAGUAAUAUUUUCGGUUACAAAAAUGUUUCAGAUUUUUAUAAUUGUAGUUAUGCAUUUGUUGCCGAGAAAGGAAGUUUUAGAUUUGUGGAAAAUGAGUUAAGGAAUUUUUCGGAGACUGCGAAAGAUAUGGCUAUGAGAUUGGAUUGGAGUAUUGGUAAUUAUAAUUGUGCGAGUACAAGUGGUAGUUUUAUCUGUGGGAAGAAUAGUUUCUGUGUUGAUUCUACAAUGGGUACUGGUUAUCUUUGUAACUGCUCCGAUGGGUUCUCUGGAAAUCCUUAUCUGAAUGGAACCAAAGGUUGUCAAGAUAUAGAUGAGUGCAUUGAAUUAGAGAACAAUCCGUGUGUUGGUGGCGCUCGUUGCCAUAACAAAGUUCCAGGGUAUCAGUGCAUAUGUCCAUUUGGUAGUGCUGGAGAUGGAAGGAAAAACGGUUCCGGUUGUAAGAAGUUGUAUCUAGUUAUUGAAGCUCUUCUUGGGACUGGACUGGGUUUAGGAGUGGUUUUAUUAUGCGGUUUAUGGUUCUAUUUUGCGCUUAAGAAACGAACUCUGGUCAAGCUUAAGGAGCAAUAUUUUCGACAGAAUGGAGGUUUAUUGCUGAAACAGCAAGUUUCUAAUCGGGAAGGCACCACCGAAUGUGCUAGAAUUUUCUCCUCUGAAGAACUCAAAGCAGCAACACAAGAUUAUGAUAAGAGCAGGAUACUUGGGUCAGGUGGAUAUGGGACAGUUUAUAAAGGAAUUCUUGAGGAUGGGAGUGUAGUAGCCAUUAAGAAAUCCAAAGUGAUGGAUCAAAGUCAGAUUGAUCAGUUCAUUAAUGAAGUUGUCAUCUUAACACAGAUUAAUCAUAGGAAUGUAGUAAAGCUUUUAGGAUGCUGUCUUGAAACUGAAGUUCCGACCUUGGUGUAUGAAUUCAUUUGCAAUGGAACUUUGCAUCAUCAUAUCCACGAAAAUGUGGACGGAACUCAAAUGUCAUGGUCAAAUCGGUUACGGAUAGCUGUGGAAACGGCCGAAGCUCUUUCUUAUCUACACUCAGCUGCUUCAAUGCCUAUAUUCCAUAGAGAUGUGAAAUCUUCAAAUAUACUUUUGGACGAGACCUACACAGCAAAAGUUGCAGAUUUUGGUAUAUCAAGACUGGUGCCACUAGAUCAAACACAAAUACCUACAUUGGUUCAAGGAACAUUGGGGUACUUGGAUCCUGAAUACUUUCAGACAAGUCAACUAACAGAGAAGAGUGAUGUUUACAGUUUCGGUGUAGUUCUUGUCGAGUUAUUGACCGGGCAGAAACCUGUUUCAUUUGAAAGAUCACAAGAAGAUAGUAAUUUAGCUAUGUAUUUUUUAUCUUCAUUGAAAACCAAGGAUCUCAAUGAGUUUCUAGACAAGAAUGUAGUGAAAGAAGGAAAUCUUGAAGAGCUGAGAAGAGUGACAGAAUUGGCAAGGAAAUGUUUGCUUUUGAAAGGUGAUAAAAGGCCAACAAUGAAAGAAGUUGCUCAAGAACUUGUUAACAUUGCUGCAUUCUGUAAACAAAGUAAUCAACUAGGAGAAGAUGACAAUGAACAACAACAAUGGGCGAUGGAUUUGUUCGAUCAAGCUAGCAACGAUAGUUUCAAUGCAGCAUUAUCUAUUACUUAUGAUCUGGAGAGGUAAAGCAUGCAUGGACACCAGGGUUGUGUUGGCCACAUGCAGUGCAAUCAAAUGCGACAUGCAUUUCUGAAUUCUGCCACUCUUUUUUUUGUUUUUUUUUUUUUGAAAAGAAAAGGAAAAGAGCAAAAGAGAGAAAUAAGCAUUAUCAGUUUAGUCAGUAAGAAGCUUUUGCAACUUUGAAAAAGAAGUCCAAAGUAGUACAGUCGCACUCAAACAGCUAGCUAUUGUGUAGUAAUCUUUAAUUCACUAUUCAUGUAAAUUACGGUA